GGGUUGGACGCUGCAAAGAUGGCAAAUAUUUUACUGAAUCAGCCACUGAAGAGGCAUAAUGUUAUUACUGUUACACUGCCAGGCAGUAAAGUUCCAGAGUGGUUCAGUUUUCCAGACAGUGACGUAGGUGUGCUUCUUCUGAAUAGUAACUAUAUUCACGAACACAAAAUUGAAAUUCCUUGGACUUUCGGAUUGGAGAACACAAAAUUGGUUUUGUGUACUGUUUGGGAAAUUACGGAAUCAUUUAAAGGGCCCUGUGAUGUUGAAUUGUCGUUUUUUAUCGAUGGAGUAUGCAUAGGUUAUGGUCUAAGUUUGUGGUCAGUGUCAGAAGGAGAGACAGGGGCACGUCAUGUCUGGCUGCAAUAUGUUCCAUUACCUGCUCACACGAAGCCGAAGAGUGAUGAUCAAUUGAAGCCGUCUAUUUCCCUAAUUAUUACUGUCUCCUGCACAGGCGGCAAAGGGUUGCUCUUCAAAAGUUUUGGGGCCCACCUGGCUCAUAUUAGCAUUCCAAAGGAUGGUGAUGAUGGCAAAAAUGAUGAAAAUGAAGAAAAUGAAGAUGAAGAUGAAUAUGAAUAUGAAUCUGAUAAUGAUGUAGGUGAUGAAGUUCGACCCAGAAAGAUAAAAAAGAUGACCUCUCUCUGCAUUUCAACAUGGAUCUUUUUUAUGAUGGGGGUGGUAGUGCUGAUGUUGAUGGACAUAAAUCCACCUCAAUCUACUGCAGACUCUAAUACUAUGAUUGGAUGAUGAUGAGACCUGAUCUUUGUGUUGUUGUAAUGAUGUUUUAGAACUAUGGUAGACUAAUUUUUGUAUUUUAUGUUGUGAUAAUGUUUUAGAACUUGGAUUAAUUUGUGACUGAUGUUAAACUGGUUCUUCAAAGUUAAACUAG